UGAUGUAUAAAUAAAUGUGUAAAGAAAAUAAAAGUUGCAGAUAUGACAAAAAAAGAUCUAACCUUGAGAGAGAAAAGCCUGCUUCAAGAGUUGCAAAAAAGGAAAAAUGUUGUCUUAAAAGAAAUUCAGCAAAUUAAUGAUGAAAUUAAUGAAAUUUCCAAAGAGCUAGAAAUAAUUGAACAGCAAGAUAGCAACUGUUUGUCUACAACAACUGAAAAGCAGUUAGCUGUUGGACGUAAAAAAUUUAACAUUUCUGUAGAAAAAGGAUUUGAGUAUCUAUUCCAAAACAAUCUUAUUAAUGACACACCUGAAGAUAUAGCAAAGUUUCUUUUUAAAAAUGAUGGUUUAAACAAAGUUAAAAUUGGCGAAUAUUUAGGAGAACAUAAACAGAACAAUUUAAAUGUUUUGAAAGAAUACGUUGCCCUGCAUGAUUUUGAAAAUAAAACUCUUGACGCUGCAUUGAGAGAGUUUUUGUGGAGUUUUCGGUUGCCUGGUGAAGCACAAAAGAUUGAUAGAAUGAUGGAAGCAUUUGCAAUUCGAUACUGUUCAGUAAAUCCAGGUGUUUUUAAAACUGAAGAUACUUGUUAUGUGUUAAGUUUUUCUGUAAUAAUGCUGAACACAAGCCUUCAUAAUCCUGCCGUUAAAGAUAAGAUCACGUUAGAAGGUUUCAUAAAUAUGAAUAAGGGUAUUAAUGAUGGAGGAGAUAUUCCAAGAGAAAAUUUAGAGGUUUUGUUUAACAAUAUUCUUUCUACACCUUUUGAAAUACCAGGUGAUGAUGGUAAUGACCUAACGCAAACAUUUUUUAAUCCAGAAAAAGAGGGUUUCCUAACAAAAGAAGGUGGUAUUCACAGAACAUGGAAACCAAGAUAUUUUAUUCUUAAAGACAAUUGCUUGUUUUACUUUAGAAACAAAGGAGAUAAGGAACCAACCGGAAUCAUUCCAUUAGAAAAUUUGCAAGUUCGUGAAAACAACGAUUUUCGUAAAAAGUACUGUUUUGAAAUCUUUGCUUCAGGGGGAUCAAUUAUAAAGGCUUGCAAAACUGAGUCUGAUGGCAAAGUUGUUUCAGGACAUCAUGAUAUAUACAGAAUUUGUGCCAGCUCUAAUGAGGAAAGAGAUGAUUGGAUAAAAAGCAUCAAGAAUAGCAUCACAAGAGAUCCAUUUUAUGAUAUGCUACAAACACGUAAAAAGAAAGCUACUCAUAAGCAGCAGGGUAUUAAUUACUCAAGAGCAUCAAAUAGUACUUAAAAAAGGAAAACUUGUGUUGUUUGGAACAAAAUGUGUAGCACUUGCUAUUUAUCAUGGUUUCAGAAUUGAGGAAAUAGUUUUAAGAUAAAAACACAUGACUGUGCUUCUUUAUUUUUUAAAGUAAAAGAAAACAAUGAACACAUGCAGAAAAAAAAAAUUAAUUUAUAUUGUAAAUAAUAGAGUUUAUUUGUAAAAAUGUUGUUUUCUUGUAAAUUUAUAUUAUAUAUUAUUGUUAGAUGUAUUUUAAUCUUUGCAUUGGCAAUGAUUCUACUAGUGAACAUGCACUAGUAUGUUAAAAAUAAUAUUUUCAAAAAAAGAUUUGUUGCAA